ACCACCACCACCACUACCACCACUGCUGCGCCGCAAUGUCAUCAGGGAGCGGCCAUUGGCCAUCUCUUCUGCGCAAUGCAGCAGGCGGGCACCAUCGAUCCCCCUCGUCACAGAUCGAAGGGAUAGAUUGGUCGCGCGACCUUGCUUCAGUCCCAACAGCUCAAUCCCUCUUCUCUGAAGCUCUCCUCGAUAACAUCGUCCUUCCCGGCGAGGUCUCGACACUAGCCUUCGACCCCAUCCAGGGCUACAUGGCAGUGGGCACCCUCUCCGGGUCGGUACAUCUCUUUGGAUCUCCUGCAGUCAGCUUGUCCUGGACCCUUCGGCCCUGCCAGCCAGUCAAGUUUCUGCUAUUCAAGCCCGGAACACCGUUACUUGUGUGCGCCGAUGCAAAGGAGAAUGUCUCCAUUUACGAUCUCUCACGCCCAGAUCCCGCCGCUCAAGCCAAGUCGCACGCCAAUAAUCGUAGGGGCAGCCUGUCUCAGGCUGGCAAUCUACUACAGCCUCAUCCUGAUACCCCAACGAGAGUCGCAGCUCUUACGGCUCGCAACUCGAUUACCACUCUUACGCUCAGCCCGUCUCAUGCGCAUCUCUUCAUCGGCUUGCGAGACGGAACAGUAGAUACAUACGAUCUAGACCGGCUCUGUUCUUCGCCGUAUCGCAUUCCCAACUGCUGGCUCGAGGAGGAGGAGCUCCUUCGCCGUUCUGGGGUCCCAGAUGCGCCUCGUAGGCGGCACGUGCCCCUCGUGGUGGACAUCGCCAUCUCGCCCAAAGAUCUCAACAUCCUUCUCCUCGCCUACGAGGGCGGUGCAUGCCUGCUCGACAUCAAAGAACGAUCGGUCCUGGCAAGCUUCCAGCUACGCCUACUCCCCGGCGCUCCCGGUGCAGGUGGCAUCGCGCCUGAGGCCAUUUGGACCGAGCGCGGCUCGCCAGUCACCUGUGUUGCUUGGAGACCAGAUGGACAAAUCUUUGCGAUGGGUCAUGAGGAUGGAUUGAUUUCCUUUUGGUCAGCAGCCGACGAUUCCAAGCCGCUCCUUGUCCGUUCCCUCGCUGAGCUCGACCUCGAUAGACCUACGGUAGAUGAGCUGCCCGGCCGCCCGCCGCGCGAGCCCAUCUUCAAGCUUGCAUGGUCUGGAUUUCCUGGGAAGAGAUGGCUGGAUGCACUCUCGGGCGGCAAGGCGGACGAGCAAAUGUCAGCCGCCGAUGUUGAAGGAGGCUCAACGAUCCUCACCGUUCUGGGCGGAGCGGUUCCCAAUCACGACCCUCCUGGUGUCAUGACGCUGCACUUCCCACCCUAUGUAGCCACAGCGCCCUCGUCUGCGACCACGACGGCGUCGUUCUGGGGCUCAGCAGCCCAGCCUGCACACGAGGUGGCGCAUAAGGCUCGACCAGGGCUGCGAGCCAGUCUCACGUCCACGCGCGAAACUCGCGUCCUCUCUAAUGCGACAGUACAAGACUUCAUUCUGCUGCCCCGCUCCUCUCCGCACUACAGCAUGGCGUACGAUCCGAUGGCCAUCCUCAUGCUCGUCGACGUACCGCACGGCCUGCCUCCUCUUGCGCCUCCAGCUGCUCAGCGUGGCUUGGUCGCAACGCCCUUCCCGCCUCUACCCUCGCCAGGAGCUCAUCGCGCCUCCUCAGGACCACGCUCCCCUGGCUUGAUACCGCGGCCUGCCGACGGAACCUCGCCUUCCCAGGCAGUCGCCGGCCCUACGCCUGCCAUCGCUCCCGAUCUCGUGGCGCCCAAGUUGCUCACCUUGCCUUUCGCAUUGGCAUGCACAGGUGCGGGGGCUGUUCUGAGCGCUCAGCUCGUCAACCUCCCGGUGCAUAGCUAUCGCAAGCUCGUCAGCGUAGCAGAUGGCCAGGAAGGUAGCCCAGAUGGUUCCAGUGGUGCGCCCUCCCUUCCCCUCAAAGGCGGUGCAGCAGCCGCAGCGACUAUUGGCAACCUCACGCCGGAGGCCUUGGCCCGCACGCCUGGCUCAUUCCGCCUCCUCAUCACGCAGCAUCUGGAUGGGUCGAUUCGCUUUGCCGAUGCGAGCCAGCACCUUGUGCUUCUCCCCUCUACUGGCCCUCCUCAGCAGCCCACGAACGAAGCGGGCCAACCGACUGGUCCUCCUCCCCCUGCGUUCUUGGAUCGACCUUUCCCUAUGCCAUUGCCGCACCUGACAAUCUCCCCGCAGCAGACGCUGAGCCAUCCUUCAAUGGCGCACCACCCACGCGCAACACGCCUCCUCUCCGAUCCGCGACAGCUGCGCGUCCGUGAGGUGCACUUUGCAUCCGAAGUCCUCGAAGUCAGCGCGAUUCUUGCAGGUGGGCUCGUCUUGCAUUACAGGUAUGGUCUGGCCAAAUUCAGCCAGUCGAGCGAGGUACAAGCCGAGAUCAGCGAGGAGAUGCAGCGCGAGCGUGAGGGGGCAGAGGCCGCUGCGUUUACUCAUGUCAGGCAAGAUGCUCCCCAUAGAGUGUCGAUCUCGUCGCCGCAGUCCAACAACGCAGAAGCGCAGCUCUACGCCGAAAAGCAGGACGUAGAAGUUGGGGCAAUGUUGGAGAAUGACAUGCAGAGGGCUAUGCGUGAUCUCGACCUUGGAUCUCGACCUCCCAGUACUACGCCCAUGCCCCCGCCUGGGAUGCCCACCUCGACCUCCUCGGGGUCAAUCGGUGGCCCGCCACCUCCAAGGCCGAAGCGUGAUCCUAAUCGCGGUAGCAUCAUGAGUCGACUGGGGGGCAGUAAGCGAUCGAGUGCUGCAGGUUCGGAGGGGUCCCCACGGGCCUCGGUCUCUUCACCUCCGCCAUCGCACGCAACGCAGCUUUUCCCGCCCACAGGCAGCUCGGACGCCGCGUCUAUCUCAUCUUCGCACUUCGGCGACGAGUUUACAAGCCUGGACGCUACGAACGACUGGUCACUCAGCGGAUUCAAGGCCACGCACUUGCUCGACCUCGGUCGUGGAGACGUUACCUGCCUCGCGCAUAGCAACAUCGGCUUCCUCGCUCUUGCCUGCGGGGCUGGGCUGGCAAUUGUUGAUCUUCGUGGCCCAGAGGUACUGAUGAGCGAGGGAAUGGGAGGAGAUUUCAGCGUCGGACCGCCCACAAGCCAAGGGAAGAGUGGCAUGAGGGCGAGAAGGGCAGAACGCAAGCUUCUCGAGGCGGAGAGCAGCGCGCCAGUAACAGGUUUGACGUGGACAGUCUGCCGUCUGGCUGGAGCUCAGCCUUCUACACAUGCCGGGCUGGCGCCGCGCCUCGUCGUGGCGAGGGCCAAUGGCACGCUGACAGUCUGGACUCUCGUCCACACGCUGGAGAUGUGGAUUCCAGAGCGUACUGGAGCGACAAAGAUUGACGACCUGGACAGCCACGGCAGUCUAGCCGCAUCGAGCCUCUCUGUCCUCGACGUCGCGGGCAAUGUUGCCCCUGCUAACCCUGCAGAGCUGCAGCGCUCCAUUCGCGACUUCUCUCGCUCCACUGGGACAGAGGAAGCACUGGAGUCCGACCUGCCCCUCCUUCUUGGCUGGACGGGCAAGAAGCUCUUCGUCACCGCGGGUCUGUUGGGCGGAUCGGUCGUCGGUCACGUGGAUACUACUGAGCCAAUCCUUGCUGCGAGCAUUGUGGAGCGACACGGGGACAGAGUAGUGGUAGCUGUCAGCAAGACGAGCGUGCGAAUCUACUCGGCCCCUCGCUUGGAGCUAAUCACUAGGGUGCAGCGCCACUAUCACGACCACUCGGAGUCCUCGCCGACGUCUACCAGCUCGGCGAGUAUUGAUGCCGGACCAGCCGGCGCAUGGCUGGAGCGCUUGUCCACGCUUGACGUGCGGCUCUGGACAUUCAUGGGUCAUGCGCCUCGCGCUGCUCAGCCCUCUCUUUUGCUUUGGGUGCAAGGCAAAGCCUUGCCUGCUCAUCCGAGCGCGGGAGCUGUCGGGUCGAUUACAAGCUGGUUCAGCACCAAGGCUGCGACUACAAGCGCGCUGGAUGAUGUGUUGGCGGGACCGAGCAGGGCAGCUGGACCUGCGAUUACUUUGCCGCCAGUGAAGACGAAGGAAGAUUUCGUGGCGAGCAUCACGCCUGGUCUUCAGGAAGUCCCCCUGCGCAACAGCGAUUCUCCUGCCCCUGCUGGCGCCGGCGCUCCCUCCUCGUCAUCCGCGCGUCCACGCCAACCCCACGCCAGUGCAGCUACUUUGGCCGAGAGUCAAUCGGCCGCGUCUACAAUGUGGGCGAACAUGGACCUUGCCAAAGCCAGAGGCGAAGCCAUGCAGGGUCUGGAGAAUUCACUGAGCUCGCUGGAGACUUCGGCGAAUAAUUGGUUGAAGGAGACGAAAGCGGGCCUGGUCAAGAGUGCGGCGAGGGAUAAGUUGGGGAAGUUGUUUUGAGCUUAAGAGGGGAGCACCUUGUAUAUAGAGAAGAGAAGACGAAGCAAGUAAUACCCGUUUCGUAGA